CAACCGACUGGCGCCUAGUAACCAUGACCGGAUACGGCGUCUGAGGGUUGAGUUCCAGCAGGCGAGAGGAGAGGAGGACCCUGAUGACCGCCGGCGCACAUACAGCUUCGAGCAGCCCUGGGCUAACUCGGGAACCUAUACCCUGACCGGACACCAAUCUGUGUCUGUGCAGUCACAGGUGCAGAGACCGAGACAAGACAAGAGACGAGACUCAUUUACACAGGCCCAAAGACAGUACAGCUCCCUACCACGGCAACCUCGUAAGACCCCCAGCACAGUGUCCCAGGAGUCGUGUGACAAAGCCUACCCGCCGGGCGAGGUCUUCCAGACGGCCAAGGAGAACCCGCGCUACUCCAGCUACCAGGGCUCCAGGAACGGCUACCUGCACGCCGGGGCCAGCGGCUUCAACGCCCGCGUCCUGCUGGAGACCCAGGAGCUGCUGAGGCAGGAGCAGAGACGCAGGGAGCAGUCUGAGGCCAAGAUGAGGCUACCACCGCCACAGGAGGGGGUCCCUGUCACCAACACCGGCUACGAUGACAUUCACCCAGCCCCGACUCCAACCCUGCCCCAGGAUCCAGUCCUGCCCCAGGCCCCGAUCCCUGUCCCAGCCACACCCAAGGGCCCGUACCGCCAGGAUGUGCCCCCCUCUCCGUCUCAGCUGGCCAGGCUCAACAGGCUGCAGGGCUCAGAGAAAGGACGUCCAUUUUACUCCUGAGGGGAAAGGGAUUGGAUAAGAGGAACUGGAGGAUGGAGGAGGGGUUGAUGAUUUUCACCAGCAAUAAUAUGAGAGUCUGGAUCUUUUUAAAGUCAGCUAGCUAUCUUUGGUUUCAACACAGAGGUUUAAUUAAUUGUAUUUCAAUGUUGGUGUUUUCAUAACAAACCUCACAGUCAGGAUUCUAUUCACCCCAAUCACCAGUUGUCUGGUCUGUGUCUGCCAUCGUGAUCUUCCCACUUUAAGUGCCUUGUGGGAAGACUGUCCUGCCUUAAAGGUCCAAUGCAGCCGUUUUUAUCUCAAUAUCAAAUCAUUUAUGGGUAACAAUAAAGUACCUUA